UAGGCAGGACCCCUCCUACGUGAAGCCGCAGUCGGACUCGAACUCCGAACCCAUCGCGUUUACAACGUUACAACAAUAUACGGUUUCAAAAGUUGUGCACCGCAUCACACUCAGUAACAUAACAUAACAUAACAUAACAUAACAUAACAUAUAAGGUCCAUUUUUCCACUCCGGUUAAGAGUGAUUUUUCGACAAUCAUUUGUUUUUCGCCCGACAUCAAAAAAUCCCUCCCGGUGUUUUUGUUAUUUUGUUUUUAUUCUUGUUGUUGUUAUUUGUUAAUUUUUACCAAUUAUUAUUUUCACACUCUCCUCUCGUCUCUGCUUCGUGUGUGAAAAGUGAAAUUAACAAAACAAAAAAAAAGGAACAAAAAAACUGAUUGUGACAAAAGUGCAACAUCCACCUUGCCAGUGACAACAGAAAAUCGAUCACGAAUGGUGAGGGACUAGAGACUUGAAUUAAAAAACGUAAUUAACGGCGGUACUUAAAACAGCGAUGAAGCUUAUUCGGCUGAUAGGAUUUUUAAUAACGAUAUGUGGAUGUUUGGCACUGCCACCGUCGCAAUCGACGAGCAGAGUUCCAGUGAGGGCGAAACAGACAACGCUAAUAUCAACUAAUACGGGAACGUCAACCACGACAGCGAUUAUGAGUAAUGUUUCAACUGAAGCUAGAGUAAAAACUUCGGCAUCGACGAGUGCCACAACGGCCACGAAAAAACCAAUCUCUGUUAAGGAAGCAACCGUCACGCCACCUACUUCCGCGAAAGAAACCCGUGAAUCACCUGGAAAAAUUCGACCGCAAAUCAAACUGACCACCAAUUACACCAGCGCUAGCGAGACGGGUGUUCGACUGCCAGAAGGUGCUAGUGCCGCUUUAGCAAAACCAACCAAGUAUCAUUAUUAUCCACACAAUCAACAUAUUUAUCUACUGCCAGAAUGUGCAGUACAACAAGUUUGCAAUGCUGUUUAUGUGAGGUUGAAUUUUACCCAACCUUUGUGUGCUUGUCCGGGACGUUACCGAGAUCCAUGCAGUGCAUCACUUGACAGUGACGAUUUGCAUACUACUGAAUUGGUCACCGAUCCACGAACCAAGGCGUUGACUUUGGUGAAGACGUGCGAGCCCGUUGCUGAAAUGCGAGAAUGCAGAGCCCCAAGGGACUGGUCGUUACUUGCAUUACAAAAUGUCAGGACCGGAAAGUCGCAUUAUCUUGUGAUAUGUCGAUGUCCCGACACGAACAUACUCGAGGGACCAAUGAGCCACGAUCAACCAACUUAUGCAAGUGUACCGGGAAUUCGAGUCUAUGGAAUGAUGUGCGUUCAAGGGAUCAGAAGAGGACGUCCAUUGCGACACAUACGCAGUCUUUUAGGUUUAUUAGAUAAACAUGAAUUAGUCGAAGAGAGGGAAGCGAGAGCAACAUUCCCUUGGCAUAUGGUUCCAGAACUAAUGGAAACAGCAAAUUGGGACUAAUUUUCGCUAAAGUAUAACUAAUUGCCGCCGAUAAAAUGGCGCUAAAACUAUUUAUUUAAAGAAGAGGAGGAAAAAAAAAGAAGAAGGAAAAUCCUAGCUCGUCAUUUUUUAUUCAUCUGGAACAAUUUUUGUUUUAUUUAUAUUUAUUUUAAGCCCAGAGGACACGGCAAUCAAUUAUGCGUCAAUAUUUUAGACCGAAAUGCGUAACUUUCUCCCCUAGUUUAUUAAUAAUUAAUAAUGAAAUUUGCUUUACGAAUUAGAAUUUCGCAAAGGCUUUAGUUUAUUUUUGAGAAAAAUGACAAAACGACGCUUAAUAAUGAAUUAGCUUUAAUUUUAUACAAUAAAGACUGCAAUGCAAUAAAUUUUCUUUUAUGGGAAAUAAAUAAUAAUAAAAUUAUA